UUGACUUGGAGUAUUCUACAGUUUUAUGGUCCAAGUGUCCAACUUUGAUCUAACUCAGUCUCACUCUAUAUAAAGCCACUCUGCUUGUACAACUUCUUUAGACCUCAAACUUCUUCUAUCUUUUCACUUUCUGAUCUCACUUCUCCACCUUUAACGGGUUGAAUCUCGGAGAAAGAGAAAGAUUGGAUUUUGACUGGUAAAUGGCGCGUAACAUAGAAAAAAUGGCGUCGAUUGACGCCCAACUCAGGCUUUUGGUUCCUACAAAAGUGUCUGACGAUGAUAAAUUGAUUGAGUAUGAUGCUCUUUUGCUGGAUCGAUUUCUUGAUAUUCUUCAGGAUUUACAUGGAGAGGAUAUUCGUGAAACUGUUCAAGAGUGUUAUGAGCUUUCAGCUGAAUAUGAAGGGAAGCGGGAUCCUAAGAAGCUUGAAGAGCUUGGAAAUGUUCUGACAAGCUUGGAUCCCGGGGACUCAAUUGUUGUUGCCAAGUCUUUCUCUCACAUGCUUAACUUGGCCAAUUUGGCCGAGGAGGUUCAGAUUGCUUAUCGUCGUAGAAUCAAGAAGCUGAAGAAAGGAGAUUUUAUAGAUGAAAAUUCAGCAACUACUGAAUCUGAUAUUGAGGAGACAUUUAAGAGGCUUGUGGGGGAGCUUGGAAAAUCCCCUCAAGAAGUUUUUGAUGCCCUCAAGAAUCAAACUGUUGAUCUUGUCUUAACUGCUCAUCCCACUCAAUCUGUUCGUAGAUCCUUGCUUCAGAAGCAUGGCAGGAUAAGAAAUUGCUUAGCCCAACUAUAUGCUAAGGAUAUCACUCCCGAUGACAAGCAAGAGCUUGACGAAGCUCUACAGAGAGAGAUUCAAGCAGCUUUCCGUACUGAUGAAAUUCGAAGGACCCAGCCCACACCUCAGGAUGAGAUGAGGGCUGGAAUGAGCUACUUCCAUGAAACAAUUUGGAAGGGUGUUCCCAAGUUUUUACGCCGUAUUGAUACUGCUUUGAAGAACAUGGGAAUUAAUGAACGUGUUCCCUACAAUGCUCCUCUUAUCCAAUUUUCCUCUUGGAUGGGUGGUGAUCGUGAUGGUAAUCCAAGAGUCACUCCGGAGGUCACAAGGGAUGUAUGCUUGUUAGCUAGAAUGAUGGCAGCUAACCUCUACUUCUCUCAGAUAGAGGAUCUCAUGUUUGAGAUAUCUAUGUUUCGUUGCAGUGAUGAACUUCGUGUCCGUGCUGAUAAUCUCCACAGCUCCUCCAAAAAGGAUGCCAAACAUUACAUAGAAUUUUGGAAAUACAUUCCACCAAGUGAACCAUAUCGUGUAAUUCUUGGUGAUGUGAGAGAUAAAUUAUAUAAUACGCGUGAGCGUUCUCGGCAGCUGCUAUCCCAUGAAAUCUCAGAUAUUCCAGAAGAUUCAACCUACACCAAUUUGGAGGAGUUUUUGGAGCCUCUAGAGCUUUGCUACCGAUCCCUCUGUGCCUGUGGUGACCGUCCAAUUGCAGAUGGAACCCUCCUUGAUUUCUUGAGACAAGUUUUCACAUUUGGUCUCUCACUUGUAAGACUUGAUAUUCGACAAGAGUCAGACCGUCACACUGAUGUCAUGGAUGCCAUUACCAAACACUUGGAAAUUGGGUCCUACAAGGAAUGGUCAGAAGAGAAGCGUCAAGAAUGGCUGUUAUCAGAAUUAAGUGGAAAACGUCCGUUGUUCGGUUCUGAUCUCCCGAAAACUGAAGAAAUUGCUGAUGUUUUAGACACUUUCCAUGUCAUUGCAGAGCUUCCAUCAGACUGUUUUGGAGCUUAUAUUAUUUCCAUGGCUACAUCUCCUUCAGAUGUGCUUGCAGUUGAACUUCUUCAACGUGAAUGUCAUGUGAAAAAGCCAUUGAGGGUUGUUCCUUUAUUUGAAAAACUUGCAGAUCUUGAGGCAGCUCCAGCUGCAGUGGCUCGACUAUUCUCUAUUGAAUGGUACAAAAACCGAAUAAAUGGGAAGCAAGAAGUUAUGAUAGGAUAUUCAGAUUCAGGAAAGGAUGCUGGGCGUCUCUCAGCAGCAUGGGCAUUGUAUAAAGCUCAAGAGGAGCUUGUGAAGGUUGCUAAGGAAUAUGGUGUAAAGCUGACUAUGUUUCAUGGUCGUGGUGGAACCGUAGGAAGAGGAGGUGGACCUACCCAUCUUGCUAUUUUGUCUCAACCUCCAGAGACAGUUAAUGGGUCUCUUCGUGUUACAGUGCAAGGUGAAGUUAUUGAGCAAUCAUUUGGGGAGGAGCACUUGUGCUUUAGAACUCUUCAGCGUUUCACUGCUGCUACUCUUGAGCAUGGUAUGCACCCUCCAAUCCCACCAAAACCUGAAUGGCGUGCCCUUUUGGAUGAUAUGGCUGUUGUUGCCACUGAGAAAUACCGGUCCAUUGUUUUCAAAGAACCACGAUUUGUGGAGUAUUUCCGUCUGGCCACGCCAGAGACAGCAUUGGGCAGUAUGAACAUUGGAAGCCGUCCUUCGAAAAGAAAGCCAAGUGGGGGUAUUGAAUCCCUGCGUGCCAUUCCAUGGAUCUUUGCUUGGACUCAGACAAAGUUCCAUCUCCCAGUGUGGCUUGGAUUUGGGGCAGCAUUCAGGCAUGCCAUCGAGAAGGACUCGAAAAAUCUUCCCUUGCUUGAGAAGAUGUACAAUGAGUGGCCAUUCUUUAGGGUUACUAUUGAUUUAGUUGAGAUGGUGUUUGCUAAGGGAGAUCCGGGCAUUGCUGCUUUAUAUGAUAAGCUACUUGUUACUGAGGAGUUGUUGCCUUUUGGAGAGCGGUUGAGGGAAGACUAUGAACAGACAAAGAAGCUUCUCCUCCAGGUUGCUGGACACAGAGAAAUUCUAGAGGGUGAUCCCCACUUGAGGCAAAGACUUCGGCUACGUGAUCCUUACAUCACAACCUUGAAUGCUUGUCAAGCCUACACUCUAAAACGUAUUAGAGACCCCAACUAUCAUGUCCAGUUAAGGCCUCAUCUUUCUAAGGAAUAUAUGGACUCGAGUAGUAAACCUGCUGCUGAACUUGUGAAGCUCAACCCUUCAAGCGAAUAUGCUCCUGGUCUUGAAGAUACACUCAUCCUCACCAUGAAGGGUAUUGCUGCUGGAAUGCAGAACACCGGUUAAUCUCAUUCUCCGUCUUCUUUGUGGUGCCCAAGCCCAACCCACAUUUUUAUUAUUUUUGCUUUUUAUAUUUUUAUUCCAAACUAUAUUCUUGCUCUUGUAUUAUUUACUAUCCUGCAAUCCUGCAUGCUUCGCAGUGAUGAAUUACUAAUAUUCCUAAACCAAUGGAAUAUCUACAAUAAUUUUACAAGUAUUAUCAUUUUAAUAAAAUUGCUUAAUGCUCAUUUUCUUUUUAUCAAGAAGAAA